CUUUAUCCUGGCUUUCAUUACCCUCUCUGGCUUGAACUGCUACAGUGACAUCGCUUAGAAACAAGACAGUCUUCAGAUCUCCUUUCAUGGACAGAUCACUUUAUUGUUCCCCAGGCAUCCCAAUGAAAUGUGGAGACGUUCCUGACCCUUUCCACUUCCACAACCCCCGCCCGCCAGCACAACCAUGGAUCCAAUAAUCUUAUGACUCGUUUUAUUUUAUUCUUUGCAUUGCCACUCUACCAACGAGCCAGGGCAAGUCAAAUGGUUCCAUUGUCAGUCAUUGCAACUGUACAUUCUCCCUUGGCAACUUUAACUGGCUGUCAACCCACAAGGACUCCAUACAUAUUUAUAAAUUCACCCCAGCGGGGAAGUCUUCCAGCUACUAAUAAUAACCCACAAGCUUCCGCUCGUGCCACCUGCGAGUCAGGAAUCAAUUCAAGCCUCCAGCACAAAUAGAUCUACUCAACCGAUAUCCACAGCGGUCGUCAAUGUCAGAUACAUGUCGUGGCUGAUGACGUUUUGAAGGAAUCAAGACAGACCCGAGGAAGUAUGGUGUACUUUGAACAAGAUUCUAGCAGUGUUUCGUCAUUUACUGUGGGAGAGAAAGUGGUUGUUCGCUUGUUCCAACCGAUGUCUCCACAGUCCCUGAUGUUGUCGUGGAGAACUUCCCAGGAGCUGGAAUGUUAGCCAAUUUUCAAUUGGGCGCACGGUUCACUUGCAUACUUGUCCUUGUUAAAGACCCACACCUGAGACUCGGGGAUACAAUGCGGUACAUGCUAUUACAUGAAAAUGUGCUUCUACUGGAUCUAAAUCAAGGGUUGCUGAGCUACGGCGAAUCGAGGACCGGUACCCAAGGGUAUCUUUCCACUGGAUGGGAAGAAGCUCGAAAGAUCUACAUCGGUAAUCGGACAUUCCUGUACGACGCUUAACGAACUGCUUUCUGCAGAGACUGGGUUCACAUCCACAACUACCUAUUGUUCCAAUCUCGGCACUCGAACCGAUGGAUUGACUUUAUAGAAUCGUGGUUCCAGUGAAAAGAACGCAAUUUUGGACUUGACGCAAAACUCGCAGUAGAGUAUUGACGAAAGUUUGAUAUUAUAUUUUUUCUACCCUUUACCCUCUUGACUAACUCUAGUUAUCAGCAACCUUCCGCUUGCAACUCUGU